CGGUAGCGACCGGCUGUCCUCUGCUGCUUUAGCGGCGCCUGCACCUUCCCUAGGAGCUCGCAGCAGCCGGCUGGCCUCUGCUCCACGGUAACCAUGUGCGACCGGAAGGCGGUGAUCAAAAAUGCAGACAUGUCGGAAGAGAUGCAACAGGACUCGGUGGAGUGCGCUACCCAGGCGUUGGAGAAGUACAACAUAGAGAAGGAUAUUGCGACCAACAUCAAGAAGGAGUUUGACAAGAAGUACACCUGGCACUGCAUUGUGGGCUGAAACUUCGGUAGUUAUGUGACACACGAAACCAAACACUUCAUCUACUUCUACCUGGGUCAGGUGGCCAUUCUUCUGUUCAAAUCUGGUUAAAAGCAUGAACUGUGCCAAACAUCCAGUGAUCCAUCCAAAAACAAGGACUGCAUCCUAAAUUCCAAAUACCAGAGACUGAAUCUUCAGCCUUGCUAAGGGAACACCUCGUUUGAAUCUGUUGUGUUGUGUACAGGCC